UCAGUGUGCCAUGUUUGAUCAGCCUAUAGAAUCGCCACUGUUUGAUUGCAUCUAGAUCCCGGAGAGUGGAGCGUUAUCACCACCACGGUCGACUCCAACUGGAAGCUUCUCUAGGCUGCGCACAGAAAACCCCCCCUUGUAGCUCCCUUCGCCAGGUCUCCCCGGAAUCCGUGUUUUGCAUCGCUCCUCAAUUUGCAUUUCUCCCUCAGAUUUUCCGUGCGACGGGUUCAGCCGCUCGAAACCAGCAGGCGCUCCACGACUCUGUUGUACGUGCGCCUCCAUUUCCAGAGCAAUACGCACGGAGACAGAAGAAACCCUCUGGAUAUUUAAAAUAAAAAAAAAAGAUAAUGUUGCCGAGGCUACACGAGCGAGGAAACUGAGGACAUUUUGAUUUAGUUUUUAUUUCUGUUGCGUAUACCUACGGAGACAGACACGUGUCUUCGGGGUAAACAGAAAGGGCUAGAUCGUGUCAGCGGAUAGCAUUGUGUUAUUUUUUUUGUCUCCCCUCCUCUUUUGUUUGUUAUAGACGGCCGAGUUCAAGCUUGGCGACUAGCUCUACAUUUCACUUCGUGCGCUUUAGUGAUAAAGGCGCAUUUUGGAGAUGUCGGAAGUGCUACCUUUCAACGAAGAAAAAAUGAGUCAUUAUGGAAAUGAGGGCGACGAGGGACACCUUUCCUUUACCUGUCGUCUUCAAGACACCAACAACUUCUUCAAUGGCUCGCAGAAUAAACGUCCGCCCAAACUCGGGCAGAUAGGCAGGAGCAAACGGGUUGUGAUUGAGGAUGAGAAUGGCGACGACGAAGCACUGAAAAAUGGGACAGAGAAGACCCCGGCCGAGGCUUAGAGGGUUCGGCUCUUAGACGACCCCCCAAAAAGACUGUCUUGAAAUUUUGUAUGGCGAUAUUUACCAGUUUUAAUCCAAAGACACUGUAUAUAAGCACUUUCUCUCAUGUGGCAGCAAGCAGCACUUCCACGCCCUCCUCUCCCAGUCAGUCAUGGCCAUCUGGGUGACACACACUGGCAGGGGCGGGAGAUGGCAGCAAGAGGAGACCCCCCAGGUGGACCCCCUCCCACACACACACAUAUACACACAUAUACAGACACACUCACGCAAACACAACUCUGAUUCCAGGGUCUUUCACCAUAUAUCCAAACGCAAGAGACGACAAAGUGGGGGGGGGCAAGGUGGAGAAAGGAAGAGGUGAUGCUGUCGAAAUGCAGAAAUCAGGGACAGGAAACAAAAAUAAAUCUGAUAUAAAACUAAAGCACAUACUUCUCUCUCCUAUAUCUUACCAAUCAAAACCUAUGGUACCAUUCUUUCUGCUCUUCAUUUUGAUGGAGGGCAAAUGAAUAUCAGAGUUUGUAAAUAUGGAAAAGGUAGCCCAUAUUUUCUUGCACAAAGUGGGAGGCUGUAAAUUGUUCUUUCUCUGUGUUGAUGACUUUAUUUAUUGAUCUUUUGGAACAUGUUCUCUGCUGUGACUAAAGGCCCGAGGGAGUGUUUUGUUUUUGUAUGUUGGAGAAAAAGGGGAGUGAAUGAGAGUGACAUUAUUUUUCUCUUAACGAUUCGCGAUGUUGCCUGAGUGUUUUUUUGUUACCAUACUUUGCAGCUAACAAGUCAUUUAUAUACCGUGUACCUCCUCCCACCUGUUUGUAAGCUUCCCAGGCUUUCACCUGGAUUGGUUGAUACUGUAACCUGACUGUACACACCCUAUUGAUAAACUAUUUAUAUUGCAUUGUGCAUUAUCGUGUGUGCCAAAUCUCAUGAGGGGAUAAACUGUAACCGGACAAAUUGUUCUUUUUAUUUUGUGCUUUCUACAUUUCCUCUUACGAUUCAGUCGUUUUGUUGGGUUGCCAAUUUUUAGGGCUCUUUCUUAAAAACACUGAAUACCAACUCAUGCAUGGCAAAAAUAUUGAAAUCAUGCAUGCACGGCAGAAGUUCUGAAACUCUUGUGUAUUCUUGAAGCACCUCGUAUACAGCUUUGAAUGACGAACCUCAAGAAAACAGUCUUAACUCUGCAUUGUACUGUACGAUUCACACUGAUUUGUACAGUGGUCUAAUAUCUUGUAAUAAAGAUUAUGACAAAGUA